AUGCCAGCACCGGCGGUAGGCCAGGCGCCUUCACUCAACACAUUCCUCAAGUCCCUGAAAGGCAGCGAAAUCGACACCUCCAUCGAGCUUCUUAUAUCACUUCUCAAACGCCGACAGAUCAAAAACUCGCGCCCUUGUGCAAUCGCAACUGCUAAACUACUACUCCAAGUGGUCGCCGAGCAGCGAUGGAAAAGCGCACAAGAUCUCAUCAAGCGAAUCCGCGAUGUCGGUCGAAGACUGGUCGCCGCGCAGCCACGGGAGAUGGCAGUGGGCAACAUCGUCAGGAGAGUGCUUGGCGUUGUUCGCGAAGUCGCUGAGGAAGAUCAAGACCAAACCAGCAAUGUCGCCUCUGACAGUCUUCCUGGAAGUCCAGCAAUAGUCGGCCAAACCCUCCACCGACCAGCUCUGCCCAGCAAUAUAUCUGGAUUCAGCCCUUUGAGCCAUGGCGCUGCACUCCCUCAAAAUGCGCAGACUCAACCACAAAGCGGCACAUCUUCGCCUUCGGGAGACGGAAGCGUGGACAGUCCCCCGCGAAGGCCGCCAAUGCCCACCGCCGCAGGCUAUGCUGGUGCAGCACCUCACACUUCACUCUUUGGCAUCUUCCAGCACCCUCAAGGGGCAUCACCUAUUGGUACGCCACCGAUAGGAUCAGGAACGGCUUCGCCUAUUCCGAAGUCAAAGAAGGACCAGGACGAGCAAAAGGAGAAACUCGACAUUAAAGCCGAAGUCAUCGAUGGCAUCAAAGAUCUACUGGAAGAACUCGACAUCGUCGACAAGCAAAUCGCAGAAUCUGCUUUAGAUCACAUCCACAGCAAUGAGAUCAUCCUCACGCAUACAUCUUCACAGACUGUGCAGGCGUUUCUGACAGCAGCCGCACGAAAGCGGAAGUUUACAGUCAUUCACGCCGAGGCAUAUCCAAACGACCACGAAUCGACACACAGCACCAUUGUCAACGGUGGUCAGAAGACAGGCGACGAUGCAGAGGGAGAUGAGAGGUGGAAGCCGCUGACAGCGAUGGGCAUCAAAGUCAUCGUCAUCCCCGACUCUGCAGUCUUCGCGCUCAUGUCACGCAUGAACAAAGUCAUCCUCGCACCUCACACUGUCCUCGCAAAUGGCAGUCUCAUCGCCGCCGCAGGAGCCAGCACCAUCGCACAAGCAGCCAAAGUCCACCACGUGCCAGUCGUCGUCUUGAGUGGCGUCUACAAACUCAGUCCCGUCUACCCAUUCGACACAGACGAGAUGAUCGAAUAUGGUGAUCCCGGCAAAGUCAUCCCGUACCAAGACGGCGAGUUCAUGGACAAAGUCGACGUGGUCAAUCCAGUCUACGACUUCGUAGAUGCAGAACUGGUCGACUUGUACAUCACGAAUCUGGGAGGACACGCACCAAGCUAUCUCUACAGGAUCGUCGCGGAUCACUAUCGGACCGAAGACAUUGACCUGACGUCGAAGAACUAG